AUGGCAAUUAAGUCUGCAAUCUCAACAGCAUUCAUCAGCUCAGUCUUUCUGAUGCUAAUUGUUGGUAUAGAUGCUGGUGGCAUAGCAAUCUACUGGGGUCAGAAUGGAAAUGAGGGUACAUUGGCUGAGACGUGUGCCAAAGGCAACUAUGACUUUGUGAACAUAGCUUUCCUUCCAACCUUUGGCAAUGGUCAGACUCCCAUGAUCAACCUUGCUGGUCAUUGUGAUCCUUACAGCAAUGGAUGCACUGGUUUAGGCUCUGACAUCAAAUCAUGUCAAGCAAAGGGAAUAAAAGUAAUGCUUUCACUUGGAGGAGGAGCAGGAAGCUACUACCUUGCCUCAACCAAGGAUGCUAGACAGGUGGCAACCUAUUUGUGGAACAACUUCUUGUGGGGACAAUCCUCCUCUCGCCCUCUAGGAGAUGCUGUCUUGGAUGGAAUUGAUUUUGAUAUUGAAGGAGGAACAAACCAACAUUGGGACGAUCUUGCAAGGUACCUCUCCAGGUAUAGCGCACGUGGUAAGAAAGUAUACUUGACAGCAGCUCCUCAGUGUCCAUUCCCUGAUGCUUGGGUUGGAGGUGCCCUUAAGACUGGCCUUUUUGACUAUGUUUGGGUGCAAUUCUAUAACAACCCUCAAUGCCAAUACACACCAGGUGAUAUUGCAAACCUAGAAGAUGCAUGGAAACAAUGGACUACAGAUGUUCCUGCUACCAAAAUUUUCUUAGGACUUCCUGCAUCACCUGAGGCAGCUGGUAGUGGCUUUAUCCCAGUAUCUGAUCUUACUUCUCAAGUACUUCCCGCCAUCAAAGGUUCUGCCAAGUAUGGAGGCGUGAUGCUGUGGUCUAAGUACUAUGACGAUCAAAGUGGAUACAGUUCUGCCAUUAAAAAUGAUGUCUAG